UUCUUAUAAAAGAGAUGUAAACACACCAAACAUUUUCAGAUUUACGUUUUCUUCUUACUUCUUAGAGGAGACAAUAUACACAUAUAACUGAUUCUGAUUUUUGUACGCCAACCAUCAUGAUCAGUUUCCAAAAAGAAUGGAUACUUACACUUGUAUCGUCGUGAUCUUCUGCAUCGCCUUGUUUGCUAUCAAUCUAGUGUUUUCUUGUUUCACUUGCUUCUCCAUUCUUCAUAGCUCCGUGACAGAGACAAACGAAGAUUUGAGUGACCUAAAGAAGAAUCUUAUUGAACGGGAAGAAGGUAAACGAGAUGAUGAGAAGGUGAUAGUCAUUGCAGUCCCAAGUAACCAAGGAUUCUCUGAAUCCGUAGAUGGUGAUGAUUGCGGUGGCCAAGUUUGCUCUCAGGAUAUUUGUGCUUGUUGAAGAAAGUUUGGUUUCUAUUUUCAUUAUACAAUCAUGUUUUCCAAUUUUUCUUUGAUCAUUCCUACUUGUAAAUGGUUCAAUACCAAGCUUGGAGUAGGAGUAUCACAUCUCAAUAUAUACGUAUAUUCACCAUGUUUUGAUACAUGAUGCUCUGUAAUGAAACCUUUUUCUUUCUUGAAUACAGACCACACUUUAGGAAAAAAGUGAUGGUGAAUUUUUCAUUCCUCUGUUUAAUUUUUUAAUCAGAUUGUAGAU